AUGCGGUUAAGCGCGUACGCACGUGGACUGAAAGAGCCUGAAAAGUCGCGCUAUGAAGAAAAGGUGCGCCUGUGCGGCGGUGUUGACCCCCUUGACUUGAACGAAGCAGAAGUGAAGUGCGACGUUAACCUUUUGCCACGUGUGGAUUUCACAGACAUUAAGGAUUACCUCGUCCAUGCAACGAGCUUCAUAACUCGAGAGCAGCUGAAAUCGUACAAGGCUCUGGAAGCUCACAAUUAUCUGACCAGCGGUUGGGUGCAGGAGCCGCGUCUCAAAGCUCUCGCCGACAGCCGAGUGGUCAUCGUUGGCAGGAUGAAGAAGAGAGUAAUGGACGGUGAAACACCAUGUCGCGGGAAACUGCGCCGGGUGAAUGUGCAACCUACCACAGAUGAAAAGUGGUCGGAAUUUUUAUCAGCGUGCCACCAAAGUGGGAGCAGACCAGCACCGUUAUCCCUGGAACCAAAAUAUGCUCAUCACUUCAUCCCUGCUGCGACGAAAUUUCCAAGUGCCAUCCUGACCAACAUGCAGCAAAAUGAUCAACCCACCACAUGGAGUUCCGUAAUGGAGCGAUGCUCCCAGCUGGCUGAAAGUCUCACAGUUGAGCCACAGGUUGCAGAGCUCAUCGAGGAAAGCACAAGGGAGCAGGCAAAAUGCACAAAAUGGUUUGCAUUCAGGACGGGCCGCAUCACUGCAUCUAUUGCAAAGGCAGUAUGCCGAACAUCGUUGAGUGAUCCUGCAAUGUCACUUCUCAGAAAAAUUUGUUAUCCUGAAAGUACACAGUUUUGGUCACCACAGACUGCUUGGGGAAAAGAACAUGAAGCAAAGGCGAGAGAUGCCUACAAGGCUAUGUCACAGGACAUACAUAUGAAUUUUGUCUGCAAGGAUUCUGGUCUUCAAAUCUCCACCGAGCUGCCAUUUCUGGCUGCCUCUCCUGAUGGCAUUAUAAGUUGCACCUGCUGCAAAAAAGGAGUCCUAGAAAUAAAAUGUCCAUUUAACGGCAGAGACGAUCAUGCACGGGUGCUUGCUACACAAGAGAGCUCCUGUAUAACUGUUGUGGAUGGGGCUGUGAAGCUCAAGCAGCACCAUCCCUAUUAUUACCAAAUACAAAUGCAGAUGUUUGUGUGUGACGUGAAGUACUGCGACUUCGUAUUGUGGACUUUGAAAGAUUUUAUUGCAAUCAGAGUGUACAAGGAUGCACAGUUUUGUGCCAACAUGGUGAAGCGCUGUGAAGAAUAUUUCAAGUUGAUCCUUAUGCCUGAACUUUGCUUCAAUUACUGGACCGGCAGGUGCAGUGGCAAUCUGCUAGAAACUCCUGAAGACUGCGAGACCUCGCAAGAGGAAGUGUAUUGCUUGUGCCAAGGACCAGAGUCGGGCAAAAUUGUCAUGUGCGAGAGUGCUGCUUGCAAGUAUGUGUGGUUUCACUUCAAAUGUGUGAACUUGAAAAAAGCACCUAGAGGAAGUUGGUUCUGCUGCGAGUGUAAAGAAAAACACAAAAAAAGAUUAGCAUGUUUCAUGUACAGAACUGUUCUUUAUUUUUCCUCACAAGAGUUGUUUUAA